CGGACCCCCCCCGGCCGCGCCCUCGGAGCCGCCGGGGCGCAAAGCUCUCCCAGCAGGGCACCUACAGGAUGGCGAGAUGGCUGCCUCGCUCCACGGACCUGACCCGCUUCUGCCAGAAACUCAACAGAGUGAAGACCUUGGAGGCCGACAUGAUGGAGACGUCCUUCAACAGGUGCCUUUCCACCAUCGACUUGACGCUGCUGGGCAUCGGGGGCAUGGUGGGCUCUGGGCUUUAUGUCCUCACGGGCACCGUGGCCAAGGAAAUCGCCGGCCCCGCCGUCAUCGUCUCCUUCAUCAUUGCUGGCUUCGCCUCCCUCCUGGCUGCUCUCUGCUAUGCUGAGUUUGGGGCCCGGGUGCCCAAGACGGGCUCUGCCUACAUGUUCACCUACGUGUCCGUGGGUGAGAUUUGGGCUUUUCUCAUCGGCUGGAACGUGCUGUUGGAGUACAUGAUCGGGGGCGCAGCGGUGGCCAGGGCCUGGAGCGGUUACCUGGACUCCAUCUUCAACCACAAAAUUAAGAACUUCACUGAGACCCAUGUUGGCACCUGGCAGGUGCCCUUCCUGGCCCAUUACCCUGACUUCCUGGCGGCCGCCAUCUUGCUGGUGGCCACCGCCUUCAUCUCCUUUGGGGCCAAAGUGUCCUCUUGGCUCAACCACGUCUUCUCGGCCAUCAGCAUGGGCGUCAUCCUCUUCAUUCUCAUCAUGGGCUUCGUUCUUGCACAGCCCAAGAACUGGAGUGCCCAGGAGGGGGGCUUUGCCCCCUAUGGGCUGUCAGGCAUCAUGGCUGGCACAGCCACCUGCUUCUACGCCUUUGUGGGCUUCGAUGUCAUCGCAGCCUCCAGCGAAGAAGCCAGGAACCCGCAGAAGGCCGUCCCCAGGGCCAUUGCAUUCUCGUUGGGGUUGGCCACCGGUGCCUACAUCCUCGUGUCCGUGGUGCUGACGCUGAUGGUGCCCUGGCACACGCUGGAUCCCGACUCUGCCCUGGCUGACGCUUUCUACAGGAGGGGCUAUGCCUGGGCAGGAUUCCUGGUGGCUGCCGGCUCCAUCUGCGCGAUGAACACGGUCCUGCUGAGCAACCUCUUCUCCCUGCCACGCAUCGUCUACGCCAUGGCCGAGGACGGGCUCUUCUUCCAGGUGUUCUCCCGGGUGCACCCGCGCACACAGGUGCCCGUCAUCGGCAUCGUGGUCUUUGGGCUGCUCAUGGCCCUGUUGGCCCUCGUCUUCGACCUGGAGGCUCUGGUGCAGUUCCUGUCCAUCGGCACGCUGCUGGCCUACACCUUCGUGGCCGCCAGCAUCAUCGUGCUGCGCUUCCAGCAGCAGAAGGCGGACGGCCCCGCGCAGCCGGCGGGCAGCCAGCCCAACCCUGAGCAGCGUGAGGGCAUCGCUGCCCCCGAGCUGAAGGAGUACGAGUCCUUCUCCGACAAGCUGCAGCUGGUGGGGAGUGACAAGAGCAAGGAGCACCGCGAGCCAGGGCAGCUGAAGGCAGCCUUCGAGCCCUACCUGGAGUUUCUCAGUGACUUCUACCCGGGCGAGGUUGUCACGGUGGCUGUGGUGACCCUGAUGGUGUCUGCUGUCUGCCUUUGCUCAAUCUUGGUGUUUGGCAACACCCACCUUCACCUGCCCACCUGGAGCUACUCCCUGCUGCUCGUCCUCUUCAGCCUGGGCUUCGUGCUCAGCCUCCUCCUCAUCUGGGCACAUGAGCAGCAGCGCAGCACCCAGACCUUCCAGAUCCCCCUGGUUCCCCUGUCCCCAGCACUGAGCAUUGUCCUCAACAUCUAUCUCAUGCUGAAGCUCAGCUACAUGACGUGGCUCCGCUUUGCCGUUUGGCUCAUCCUUGGCCUGCUCGUCUACUUUGGCUACGGCAUCUGGCACAGCAAGGAGAACCUACGGGAGCCACGACCACAACGUGUCAGCGCCCGCUACGUGGUGUUCCCCAGUGGCAGCCUGGAGGAAACGGUGCAGGCAGUGCAGCCCAGCCCUCAGCCUGCCACCGGGCUGCCAGACACCGACACCACUGAGGUCAAGAGAUGACGCCCGUGGGAGGGGGCUCUGUGGCUCUGGCAGUGCCCACCCACCCUCCGGACCCCUCUGCUCUGCCUGACCCCUGUGCGGCGAGGGCUGCCCGGGUGCAGGGCUCUGUCCAGGGGUGCCGCUCACUCUUCCUUGCAGAGCAUGGUGGGGCUGGCCCCCUCCCUCCCAGCACUGGAGAGCAGCACUCUGCCCUCAGCCCCAGUGCCUGCCAUGCUCAGAGGGAGCCUCAUCCCCACCCUGUUUCCCUGCGCCCACCCAGAUGCCGUGCAGCAAAUCCCCUUUUUCCAGCUCAUCUCCACUGCCUUGCAUGGAUGGAGGAUGGAGACAGGCAGUGUGCCCAUCCCAGCCUCAUCCUGGCUUCUGCUGCAGCCCUGCUGAGCCCUGUGCUGCUGUUCCCUCUGCCCGAACCUCUCUGGUGCUUCUUCCCUUCGAUGCCAGUACUGAGAGGCACAAGGAGCAGCCAGGGCCACACAAGCUGGGGAUGGCAGCGUGAAGGCAGGGACCUGGUUUGUAGGCAGGACUAUGGAAAGGGUGGCACAGCUUGUGCCCUUCCCCUGUGCCCCAGCAGCUGCCACACCUCUGGGCUUGGGUGCUGCCUUUCCCAGGGGCUCAGGAUUGGCUCAGUGGGUGCUUUUUGGUGUCAUCCCCCCAGGUGCAGGUUUUGGAGGGUGCUGGAAGAGGCUGCCGGACCCCUCAGGCUUUGCAAUGCAGACCUCCUGCCCCACAGCAUCCCAGCAUCCUCCUAUGGGGCCGUGCCCUGCUGGGAGCUGCUCUUAUCCCCUGCCCAGUCCCCUUGGGGGCUCUGCACCCCUGGACAGUGCUCAUGUCCUGCUCCCCCCGCACUGUCACUGCUGCCCAGCCCCUGCCCCGCUGCGGCCCUGUUUGGCACCUCUGUGUAGUGGUUGUGAGCAACGGGCUGACCUGUUCACCCCCAUAAACGCUGGUUCUGCAAUGGCUCUGGGUGCAUGUGCUGUGUUCCCCUUAUAGCCCACUUCUUCCCUGCAGUGAAUGGCUUUUGGCCAGAGCUGUGGGCGUAGGGCAGGGAGCUGGAGCCCUAUGGAUGCAUAGAAGCUUUCAGCCCCAGUGUCAGCUGCAAGGACAGGGCUGAGCAGAGCGGUGUCCUGGCACUGGGAUAGGGUCUGUGGUGUUGUCCCAGAGCUGUGACCUGAGCUGAGAGAACAUGCAAAC